AUGAUGGAUUGCUUGGACGCCGUGACUCUAACGGGGGAACCGUGUCUCGACGCGACUCUAACGGAGGCACCAUGCUUCGAUGCGCUCCUAACGGGGGAGCUUCCAGCCGGCACGGUGCCGGCGGAAUGGAGCAGCAUCAGCAGGGAGGAGCUCCGCCUGAUCCAAGAAGCGCUGCAGCGCGCCGAGCAGCCUGGACUGGAAAAUUCCGAGCCGGCUUUAAUCGCCGCGCGGCAAGGUCUGCGUGAGCCCGAGUCGGCUUUAAACGCGGAGCGCAGAGGGUUGGUGCUACCGGAAAGUGAGGGGGAGAGUCCUGUUGGAGUAGCACCCUCAGCACGGCUUCUGAAGGAUGAUGGGAGUGGGGCUCUUGGGGAUUUAUCCCCUCCCAACCCUCUGCUCACUCAGAUUCGGAAUGAGUCUCCUCUUUCCCUUCCGGGGGAUGAGGUCGCUUCUCCCCCCGCUGCUGGUGCUGCUGCUACUGGUGGUGCUGUUUCAGUCGCUGGUGAUGCUGCUGCUGUUGGUGGUGGUGCUGCUGCUGCUGCUGCCGCCGCCGCUGCUGCUACUGCUGCUCCAGUCAUGCCAGACUCGUUCUUUGCACACCAGCAGAGGCAGGCAGUUAUUAGCUGCCUGAUGAGGCGACUCCAAGCACAAGCACCUGGCAGCACCGUACUCCACCGAUCCGUCUCGCCAGAGCUGCGUUUUGAACCGUCUCAAGGGCUUUCGCCACAGGUGCUUCCCCCGGAACAGAAUCCCCUAGUGCAGCCAGCAGCGCUAGUGCAGCCAGCAGCGCGAACAGGAUCCUUCCAAGCACACGCACACGAGUCCUUCACUUCCAAGAUCUCUGGUCUGCAACCACACGCACAGCACCGCUUUACACCAGACUCUCCGCAAACACAGGCUGCAGCGGGUGGGUCAGCAGCCCAGGAGUCAUCCCCAGGAGGGAACGCGGGCUUUAAGUCGCCCUCUGCGACCGCAUCUCCAUUGUCGCAGUCCCCGAGGGGAAGGGCGGGACGCGGAGGGACAGGAGGGAGGCAAAUCACUGGAAAGAGCGCUACGGAGAAGCAUCGGCGGUCCAAAAUAACUGAGCGAUUGGAAGCUCUCAAGGCAGUGAUACCAGCCGAGGUGCUGCUGAGGCAGCAGGGCCGGGUGGGGUUCAGCAGUCGCACGCAGAUCGCCACUCUCCUGGAUGCUGCCGUGGGGUUCAUCGAGGGAAUGCGCGAGUACAAGCUGGAGUUGCAGAGGCAGCUGCUGGCCUCGCAACAGUUCGUCUGA